AACUUCUGAAGAGUUAUAUGAUUUUUCCAGAGAGGUGUUGAAUGAGCUGAAAAAAAGGAGCAAGUAUCUUGACUGCUUCUUAGUAAAAGCUAAGAUCCUAAAUACCACUAAGGACUUCACCACUCCUGGCACAGAUGGGACUUUGCAAGAGGAUUUCCCCACUCCUGAUGAGGCUGGGAGGUUACAAGGUGUCAUUGCUCCUGCUGUUCCAAAACAGAGUCUCAGAGAUGAGAGCAAAAGGAUGGUGAUGGGACUGGAUCCUGACAAAUUCCCUUUGUUAAAUCCAAGCAGGAUGGAUACAUCAGUAUUUAAUGACUUGGCAAUAAAUGUUAUCAAAAAUUUAGCUGGAUUUGACCCAUCAAAAAAAUCCCAAGACCCAAGCCAGAGGACAAAUGAUCCAGAAGCAGUUCUUCGCCCAGUAAAGAAGAAGUUUUCUGAUGCACAUUCUCAGAAGUCUACUAGCAAGAGGUCAUCUCGGGAUGAAACAAAGCCAAAAAAACGUGAAAAAGGCAGAAAAUCUCUUACAAGGGACGAGAGACCCCAGAUAUUUGGAAAGAAGCCUGCAAACUCAGAUACUUUUAAGACGAUUAUUAUGAAUAUUCUCUGGAAGGGUAGCGACACCUUGCUCUGCCUUGGUGAGGAGUUCUAUGGAGACAAGAAGAAUACUCAGAUAGGAAUGCUUGAAGAUCUUCCAGACACAUUUGAACGUUGGGCAGAAAUGCUCAGACUGAAACUACUGUCAUACCAAAGGCACACAGAUGAUUACUAUAAUUUCUGUCUUAGAGAAUUUCGGGAUCAGCUGAAGUGGUUUGAGGAGGAGCUCUCUUCUGUUUCCCAGCUGGUCGUGGAAAGUCUUUUAAAAGUACAUGAGCAGAAACUCAGCUCUUCUACUGGUCAUAUUCAGCAUCUCUUCAACAGACAGCUGAGAGAGUGGGAGGAUGUGAAGACUAUGCACCGAAGAAAAUUACAUUACUCCUUAGGACACCCAAAUAACUCCCUUCAGCUGGAGGCUUUGUGCCAAGAGGAAAUAAAAAGGCAAAAGGAUCAAACUGAUGGUGUUCACCUCAACACAAAGAUGCUGCAGGAUUGUGCUGCUGAGUGUGCUCAGAGCUUUUUUUCUGCACUGGCUGCCCUCACUGAAAAGCUCCUCUUGGAACUAGAUGAAACCAUCACUGUUGAUGAUGUAAAAGUAGCAGAAACUGAAAUGCCUACGGAGAAGACUUCGUCUGUAAUGCAUUGUAAACAAGCUGGACUUCCCCUAGGAACCUCCAAAGUUCAACAGUUAGUCAAACGAGGAAGGAGGAGUUGGCCAGGAAUACCUGAGACUACUCUUCCUGACACUCCAGACUAUACUCUUUGCAGAGGAACUGCAUCAGUUUCAACAGCUAAGACUACCCUGGGCCAUCUGGCAGUAGUGGAUGCAAGACAAGCUGCAUAUAAGAAAUACAAAAGCAAAGUUGAACAGAUGUUUGCCCAGAUCAAGGAAGAAAGUACAGCUCAGCUGCUGGCAAUUCAGCGUUGGAAUGACUGGUGGGAAGAAUCUAUCCGGAAGAUAAAGCGACUCUACCUCUGAGAUCAGUCAAAUUUUGCUGAGCUUUGUUGGUGUAAAUUGACAAGUUUGUACCAAUGUCACUGAUAUUAUUCUUUUAUCUUACUAAUUUGUUGCAUUGAAAGAA